AUGUAUCACAAUGCUAAUAGCUCGGCGAACGCGAAGAAGUGGGAGGUGGAGCUGGCGACCCUCAAGAGCAACAACCUCCGGCUGACCGCCGCCCUGCAGGAGAGCACCGCUAACGUUGACGAGUGGAAGCGGCAGCUGCACCAGUACAGAGAGGAGGUGGCCCGCGCGAGGCACUACGCCGGCAAAGGCGGUGACGCGAACGAGGUGGAGCAACUGAGGCAGCGCGUGGCACAGCUGGAGGCCGAGCUGGCGCAGAAGAACGAGGAGUUGGCACAAAUCACCAAGUCCAAGAAGAGUGAACAGGACGCGGAGGCGAAACUGGCCCAGAGCCAGUUGGAACUGGCGCUGGCAGCGCAGGACGGGCAGCGGCAGGUGAUACAGGCGCUGAACGACCAGUUGGCGCGCCAGCUCGACGAGCUGCCCAUCUACGCGGCCGUCGCCAAGGAGCGGGCCCGCGCCCCCCUCCCGCUGCUGCUGCGCGCGCCCCUGCCGCUGCCCCCGCCCCCCGGCGCCCCCCAUCCCGCAAACGCCCCCCACGCCGCAAACGCCCCCCACGCCGCAAACGCCCCUCACGCCGUAAACGCCCCCGGCGCCGCCAACGCCCCCCAAGCCGCGAACGCACCCGGCGCCCCCAACGCGGAGCCCGCCUACGUCACCGUCAAGGCGAAGAAG